CAAAAGCAACCUGGCAUUACGAACCACUAUUGCUAUGCUGCGGCGCUCCACAGAUAUUCCUGCAGUGUAGUGUUCGAGAAGGGAUAGGCAGGCGUGCUAUUCCGUCAUGUGAUUCUCCUUUUUUCUUCCUACAGUCCUCCGAAGUUGAUUUUCAAGCGAGCCAGUGCUGGUGCCUCCUCAAUCUCGGCAUCUGGAGUGCUAACUAGAUGCGGUGACUUUCGUCCCGACUCACCUUAUUUUUCCUCACCCGGCGUAGUUUUCAACAACUUUUUAAGAUGGCCGGGGCAAUUAUUGAAAACAUGAGCACCAAAAAGUUGGUGAUCGUGGGAGUGAUUCUGCUUUUGUUCCAAGCGUUUUCUUUUAUGGUCGGUGGCUUGAUUGCUCCCAGCCCCACCACGGCAGUCCACUACCUGGCUACCAAAUGUGUGGACGCGGUCAAAGGUCACCAGAGUGGCAGGUGGUUCAUGCCCUGGGGCCCUAACCAGUGCGACAAGAUCCAGGACUUUGAUGAGGCUAUGUCCAAGAAGAUCGAGGCCAACGACAUCGUGUUUGCCGUCCACAUCCCCCUGCCCAACAAGGAGAUGAGCCCCUGGUUCCAGUUCAUGCUGGUCAUCUUGCAGUUUGACAUCGCCUUCAAAAUGUACAACCAGAUAGAGGAUGGAGCAGUGGCCACCAUUGAUGUAGGUGUGGCCUACAGGGAUGACAUGCUCGGUGAAUGGACAGAGAUGGCCCACUCCAUAGAGCGAAGGAAGCUUAGCUGCAACUUCACCACCACCAAGACGUAUGAGAACGAGGGUCGCUACUACGAGUGUGACCUGCUGCCCUUCAUGGAACUGGGCAAUGUGGCCCACAAGUACUACCUGCUCAACAUCCGCCUGCCCGUCAGCGAACGCAAUAAGAUCAACGUGGGCAUUGGGGAGAUCAAGGACAUCCGUCUGGUGGGUAUCCAUCAGAACGGCGGUUUCACCAAGGUGUGGUUUGCCAUGAAGACCUUCCUCACGCCCAGCAUCCUCAUCAUCUUGGUGUGGUACUGGAGACGCAUCACCCUCAUGACACGACCCCCUGUGCUGUUGGAAAAGGUGAUCUUUGCCCUGGGCUUGUGCAUGACGUUCAUCAACAUCCCGGUGGAGUGGUUCUCUGUGGGGUUCAACUGGACCUGGAUGCUGCUGUUCGGGGAUAUCCGGCAGGGCAUCUUCUACGCCAUGCUGCUCUCCUUCUGGAUCAUCUUCUGUGGAGAACACCUCAUGGACCAGAUGGAGAGGAACCGUUUCUCAAUCUACUGGAAGCAGGUGGGACCAAUUGUCUUCGGCUCCUUCUGCCUCUUCAUCUUCGACAUGUGUGAGAGGGGAGUCCAGUUGAAGAACCCUUUCUACAGUAUUUGGGCUUCCGACGUGGGGACUGAGUUGGCUAUGGCGUUCAUCAUUGUGGCGGGGAUCUGUGCCUGUCUCUACUUCCUCUUCCUGUGCUUCAUGGUAUUCCAAGUGUUCCGCAACAUUAGUGGGAAGAGGUCCUCCCUGCCCGCCAUGUCCAAGGCCAGACGCUUGCACUAUGAGGGGCUCAUCUUCCGGUUCAAGUUCCUCAUGUUGGUCACUCUGACCUGCGCUGCCAUGACUGUCAUCUUCUUCAUCAUCAGUCAGGUGAACGAGGGCCACUGGCACUGGGGAGACUACACGGUGCAGGUGAACAGUGCCUUCUUCACAGGGAUCUACGGAAUGUGGAACCUCUACGUGUUUGCCAUCAUGUUCCUGUAUGCUCCCUCACACAAACGCUACGGAGACGAGCAGUCCAGGGGAGCCAGUGGGGAGGACAUCCAGCUGACCACCACCAUCACCCACGUGGACGGACCCACCGAGAUCUACAAGAUGACGGGCAAAGCGGCCCAAGAGUAGCCCCCCCACCCCUGGACCUCCCACCUUCUAAUACCUACCCUACAAAAGUCCCUCCCUCAAACCCUGACUGUGCUUUCUUUAACCAAAUCCCAAUGUCCCCCUUCCAGUCACUGUCCCAAAAGUUCAAAAGCAACUUUUCUGUAGGCCUACGGUCCAUUAAUUUCAUUGCAGACAUGGGGCCGGAUUGUAUAUCCAUCUUUGACAUUUGACACGGUCUGUUAACUAUCAGUGUUUGUAAUGUUGUUGCACAACUGUACUCUUUCUUAUGAAGUCCAGAUUGUGGACUAGCUGCUUUGAAAUGGAAACGGAGUAGAAGGACACCGUCUGGUGGUCAUAAGAGGGAGUUGUGGAGGAAAUCGUGCUCCAGGUAAUGUUGCCUUCAGGCACAGUUCUAGUAUCAGUUUACCCUCCCCAAAUCAUAAAUGUAUCCAUUAGGGGGAGGGAGUACAAAUCUGACCUUAAAUCAGUGGCCAGUGGCAACUGCAUUUAACCCCAGGGCAUUCUGAAGCGUAACUGGUUGCCUCACUGAAGACAUUAAUUUGUUAUUUAGAGGGAACAAAUGUUUGUAUGUAUGCUGUUUUUGACUGUUCACCUCAGCAGUUUUACAUUAAAAUAAUCAGUAGGAUAUACAAGAGUGUAUAUGCCUCAUCGUACAACGUCCAACAUGGCCACUUUCGGAAGAUCUGUCAAAAGAAAGCACAUCUCCGCAAGUUGUCAGUAAUAUCAGUAAUAACGGCAAGCUUUAUUGUCACUUCUGUCUGCACUCACUCUCACCUGUACACGUCCAUGGAAAGUUCUAGACUACUGGAUUCACUUGUCUAUCACUUACAAGUGGGGGAUUGCCUUUUUGGAUUGUAGGGAAAAUGUACAAACCACAAGGUAUUUUUUGUGAAACACCAAGUUCAUUGUUACCAUCUAGAUAUAUAUAUUUUUUAUAAAGUGCUUAUUCUCAACUGUAUGGAAUAUUGACAUGCUGUAUAACUUACUGUCUGUUGGCAAAAGAUAAAGUUUUGAAAUUUGAAGAUUGUAUUACACAUGGGAGUGUAGUUUUGUGCUUUUUUGCUAAUUUAACUAACUUUAUGCCAUGUCUUUUAAUAUUUGCUAAGUAAAGUAUAUUCACUCACG